AUGGAUUCCUCCUGGGAAGACGAGUUCUCAUCAUCUCGACAUGUUCACAACAGAGGUUCACGUAAACCCAAAUCGCAAACCGCUGACAUCGCACACAUCUUUGGCGUUUAUGAAGUUCAAUGCGCAAAGGCCGAACACAUGGCUCUGGGACGUUCAUCACCUGCAACGAGGAAGAAGCCGAAACGACAAUUUGGACCGAGACUUGCUAUUCAGAGUUUCAUUUCCGAUGAGCACGGACUGGUCGGAACUCUUCAUUUACCGGGCGUUUUAGAUGCCGAGAUAUACAUGUCAGGGAGUCGAAAGAAGCUGCAAGAAAUUCUAGAUGCCGAGAAUGCCUCUGAGGAAGAAGGAUCAAGCUCCAAAGAAGAUAGUCAUGAAGAUGAAGCUGAAAGCAAAGCAACUUACGACAACGCCGACCUCUCAGCGCCGUCUGAAAUUGCAACCGAUAGCCAUGAUGUUGAUAUUUCUGCCCAAGAAGACAAAGAACAGUCAAGGUUCAAAAAGUUUGAGAAAAACACGUUUCGACAACCCAAGUUUUGGUUCUCUUGGAAAGGAUCUGUUCUCGUGUUGCCUGGGAACACUGCCCAAUCGAGCGCAGGCAACAUGCAAGACUCGUUGCCUAACGAGCUGCAGUCUGGGAUGGGAUACAUACUCUUCAAUGGGAACGGGUACAAAAGGUUCCAAGGUACCAUCAGCUGCGAGUUACUUGAAUGGAUAAAUAUUCCAAUCAGCGGUAGAAAGGCAUAA